UUGGUGGGUUCACCGUAGCCCCAAGCCGAACCCCCGCUGGUCAGAUUUGAAUUCAAACCAAAACUUUUAAUAAGCCCCAUUGAAUGCGAAAUGUAGGAGGUUCCUUAGGCAAGGAAGGCGGCAGAAAUUGGACAGGCCGGCCGCUUCUUUCUUGCCGCACCCGUCUCCGUCUCCGGUCGACGUAAUAUGCACAACUCGAUUCAAAAACUCGGUCAAGAAAUGAAUGAGCCGAGGAUUGCACGAGGGGGCAGAUGGUGCUGGACGGCGAAAGCGAUCGAGCAUCUUCGCAGGUCGCCCGACGACUUUAACAAAGAGGAAAAGGCACGAAGCGGACGAAAUCCGGUAUGGUAUGGUAUGUUCCAGCCUUCAUAGCUAGACCGACCUCAGAUCUGCCGUGUUCUUGCGGCAUGGAUUGGUGUUUGAGAAGUGAAGCCCUAAGUGAAUAUCAUUUGUGCCUUCAAGUUGUCGUUUCGGCCUGUUCGAAUGGAGGGGAUUAUGCUGCGCUUGAAGUUCGUACUGUUCCUGGUCCAGUGAGAUCCAUGAGGAUGUUAGUUUGGAAGGAAUGUUGGGGAUCUGGAUUUGGUGAGAGCGAACUCCACGUCUACGUGAGACACUGGAGGGAGCAGGUGGAUGAUAUGUUCAUGAUGUUUAGCAAGUCAAAGAACGAGACAUGCAUCUCCGACCUAUGCUUAUGCUCUGUAGACGAAGACCAGCCCAGGUCAUCUCAUCCCAUCUAAUCUUUCUAGAGAAGUGUUGGAAGAAUCGAUGCUUGCGUUCUUCUUUUGACGCGAAGCGCGUGCUCGAUUGUUGCUUUCGAGUGGCUUUAGUUGUCUCGAUGAUUGACGUGAACGCAAGGCAACGCAACUUCCCAUGACCCGUCGCAACGAAAUGAGUGUCUCUUUGUCCCUUGUCCCCCCUUCCUUCUAACGGAAUGCGGACUGACUCAUCGUGUGUUUCCUACAUGUCGUGUCCAGAGCUUCCCGGUUUGGGACCGGGGUUAGAUCUCUGCGAUCGCUGCUUCACGACCCCAUAUUGGUUCGAGUUUCCGAUCUUUCGAACCGAUGGAGAUUCGGGGUUCGAGAACGGAGACGGAGAUGGGAUGGAUGGAAGGAUGCUAGAGGCACCAUGCACUGACUGUAUCAUGAGGAUUGGGACGAGUUGAAUGACAGGCAGACAUCAGAGAGAAGUGGAUGGAUGAACUGUGGAUGGAGCAAGAUUCUGAUUCCGCGCCUCCGUCGUCCCUCGAACUGCUUGCUUCAUCAUCAGCCGAGAUCACCAUUUAAAACAAGCCACGGGAAACUUAUUAUAGAACGUCACUCCCUAAAUUAAGAUCCCGUCGACCUUAAGACAUGUUAAUGUGCACAAUAAAGGAAGCAUCCAUUCUGGGGGAAGACAGCUAUAAACUCGUCGGCCCCUUAAUCAUCCUCCUGCCAACGGCCAGUUUCGAGUAAGUAAUAGUACUCCCUCCUCAAGCGCAAUCACGCGUGCCGUCACGUUGCGACUCGUCCCACAACGGGCCACUACCGGUAACACCACAUGCGGUUACUGCUGUCCGAGUUAAAACUCCUGACGUAAAGGCUCGAUCAUGAGAGUAAAUACCGACAACAGUUGUUGAAAUGCGGUUAUGUGCCGGAAUCGGAAUCGGUCGCACCUUCGCAGGGACCGACCAAGUGUUGCAGACGGGGGAACAGGAGACUAAGAUAAGGCACUCUGAGUUUAAGGUGGAAAAGAGCUCGUGCGUGGAUUGGAGCCAAGCGACGCGAGGGGCCCUGGGGGCCGCAGUGGGUCCUCCCCCUGGCCCGACUGUCGCAGUAGUUUAGUAGUUUAGU